GUCCAUGCUCUCAGGCGUCUAAUCGAACCACAGCUCCAGCGGUGCAGCCUGAACCUGCUUCACCAUCGUCGUCGAUGUCGACCGCAUGUCUCGAGGGACUGCGACGGUCUCUGGUAUCCUCUAUGUCCUGCUUGUUCUAGUUACUACAUUCUUUGUUGGACUGUCGUGUGCGGCGCUACUGUCGCAGGCCGUACGGACAUCCCCCAAUCGGUCUUGGAUUCGCAACGUAAAUGCAGUGGUUAUAGGAGCAGCGUAUGCUGUUGUCGCAGCGGCUUCCGUAUUCUUCUGCUUGAAGCGCAGAAUUGCCGUACAUAGACGACUUCAGAGGAUUGCCAAGUCAUACCAGACUCCUGGUAAGGCUGAAUUCCCAAAGACUGUAUACCGUUACAUACAACAAGAGUAUGCUCGUGCUUGCUUGAUCGCGUAUGAAGCACAGCCGAAGGAUGGUUUUCAAGAGGGAUGGGGCAGGCCAGGAACCAAGUACGAGAACGUUCGAUUCCGUACAGAACUUCUGAAUACUAUACGAGAGAUCGAUGAACUAGCGCAUCUCGUUAUACCCAGUCAUCCUCUCCUCCGCCCUCAUAGCCGCAUGUUGCACCAUUUUCGGUGGUUAUCACCUCUCUUGGAGAAGGACGAGGACGGCAUCACCCCUCUGCAUUAUUACGACUCUGUGAUACAACUAGCAAGACAUGCAUCCCGAGAGCCCACGGAGGAAGAGUUCAUUGUUGGUAUGGACUCUGCUAUUGAGAUACUCAGAAUGCUGAAUGAUUGCCGGCUGGAGAUGUUAGAAGGUCUUGAGACAGAGUCUACUGGAUCGAUGUUCACUGGGACGGAUAUCAAGGCCUCGUAAUUGAAGCAAACGGGCAUGGACGGCGAGUCGGAGAUCACUGUUCUUGUGCUUGUCGUCUUAGGCUCUCAGUGAAUCCGAACCCGCCAUUGUGAAAUACCGACCAUUAUCCAGCGCUGUCAUUAUAUAUUCUUCUGUAUAUAUGUGCGACCAUAUGUGCGACC